AUUAGCGCUGCGGCCGUGGCGGAGGACGACGGCGACAAGGACGAGGGCCGCUCUCCCCGCUCCCUGCGUGCAGCGUCGCUCCGCUCCGCUGACCAGCCCUCGGGAGUGCAGGCGGGGAGGCGGGAUGGAGUGAUAGGGAAGAUGUUUGUGGAUUCUUCUGUGGGAUCAGAGGGCACGCCUAUUGUAAUCAGAAAACUCCAAGAAUAGCAGCAGGAAUGGAUGAACAGGCUCUUUUAGGGCUAAAUCCAAAUGCUGAUUCAGACUUCAGACAAAGGGCCCUGGCCUAUUUUGAGCAGUUAAAGAUUUCCCCAGAUGCCUGGCAAGUGUGUGCUGAAGCUCUGGCCCAAAGGACAUACAGUGAUGAUCACAUAAAGUUUUUCUGCUUUCAAGUACUGGAACAUCAAGUUAAAUACAAAUACUCAGAGCUAACUACAGUUCAGCAACAACUAAUUAGGGAGACGCUCAUCUCUUGGCUUCAAGCUCAGAUGCUGAAUCCCCAACCAGAGAAGACCUUUAUACGAAAUAAAGCAGCCCAAGUCUUCGCCUUGCUUUUUGUUACAGAAUAUCUCACUAGAUGGCCCAAGUUUUUUUUUGACAUUCUCUCAGUAGUGGACCUAAAUCCAAGGGGAGUAGAUCUGUACCUCCGAAUCCUCAUGGCAAUUGAUUCAGAGUUGGUGGAUCGUGAUGUGGUGCAUACAUCAGAGGAGGCUCGUAGGAAUACUCUAAUAAAAGAUACCAUGAGGGAGCAGUGCAUUCCAAACUUAGUGGAAUCAUGGUACCAAAUCUUACAAAAUUAUCAGUAUACUAAUUCAGAAGUGACGUGUCAGUGCCUUGAGGUAGUUGGGGCUUAUGUCUCUUGGAUAGACUUAUCCCUUAUAGCCAAUGAUAGGUUUAUAAAUAUGCUGCUAGGUCAUAUGUCAAUAGAAGUUCUACGGGAAGAAGCAUGUGACUGUUUAUUUGAAAUUGUAAAUAAAGGAAUGGAUCCUGUUGAUAAAAUGAAACUAGUAGAAUCUUUGUGUCAAGUAUUACAGUCUGCUGGGUUUUUCAGCAUUGACCAGGAAGAAGAUGUUGACUUCCUGGCCAGAUUUUCUAAACUGGUAAAUGGAAUGGGACAGUCCUUGAUAGUUAGUUGGACUAAAUUAAUUAAGAAUGGGGAUAUCAAGAAUGCUCAAGAGGCACUACAAGCUAUUGAAACAAAAGUGGCCCUGAUGCUGCAGCUACUAAUUCAUGAAGAUGAUGACAUCUCUUCUAAUAUUAUUGGAUUUUGUUAUGAUUAUCUUCAUAUUUUGAAACAGCUUACAGUGCUCUCGGAUCAGCAAAAAGCUAAUGUAGAGGCAAUCAUGUUGGCCGUUAUGAAAAAACUGACUUACGAUGAAGAAUAUAACUUUGAAAAUGAGGGUGAAGAUGAAGCCAUGUUUGUAGAAUACAGAAAACAACUGAAGUUGUUGUUGGACAGGCUUGCUCAAGUUUCACCGGAGCUACUGCUGGCUUCUGUUCGCAGAGUUUUUAGUUCCACACUGCAGAAUUGGCAGACUACACGUUUUAUGGAGGUUGAAGUAGCAAUAAGACUGCUGUAUAUGUUGGCAGAAGCUCUUCCAGUAUCUCAUGGUGCUCACUUCUCAGGUGAUGUUUCAAAAGCUAGUGCUUUGCAGGAUAUGAUGCGAACUUUGGUAACAUCAGGAGUUAGUUCCUAUCAGCAUACAUCUGUGACAUUGGAGUUCUUCGAAACUGUUGUUAGAUAUGAAAAGUUUUUCACAGUUGAACCUCAACACAUUCCAUGUGUCCUAAUGGCCUUCUUAGAUCAUAGGGGUCUGCGACAUUCUAGUGCCAAAGUGCGGAGCCGAGCUGCUUACCUGUUUUCCAGAUUUGUCAAGUCUCUAAAUAAACAAAUGAAUCCUUUCAUUGAGGAUAUUCUGAAUAGGAUACAAGAUUUAUUAGAGCUUUCUCCACCUGAGAAUGGUUACCAGUCUUUGUUGAGCAGCGAUGAUCAACUCUUUAUUUAUGAGACAGCUGGAGUGCUGAUUGUUAACAGUGAAUAUCCUGCCGAACGGAAACAAGCAUUAAUGAGAAAUCUGUUGACCCCACUAAUGGAGAAGUUUAAAAUUCUGUUAGAAAAGUUGAUGCUGGCACAAGAUGAAGAAAGGCAGGCAUCACUAGCAGACUGUCUCAACCAUGCCGUUGGAUUUGCCAGUCGAACCAGCAAAGCUUUCAGCAACAAGCAGACUGUGAAACAAUGUGGCUGUUCCGAAGUUUAUCUGGACUGUUUACAGACAUUCUUGCCAGCACUCAGUUGCCCCUUACAAAAGGAUAUUCUCAGAAGUGGAGUUCGGACUUUCCUUCAUCGAAUGAUUAUUUGCCUAGAGGAAGAAGUUCUUCCAUUCAUCCCGUCUGCCUCAGAACACAUGCUCAAAGAUUGUGAAGCAAAAGACCUCCAGGAGUUCAUUCCUCUUAUCAACCAGAUUACAGCCAAGUUUAAGAUACAGGUAUCUCCUUUUUUACAGCAAAUGUUCAUGCCUCUGCUUCAUGCAAUUUUUGAAGUGUUGCUCCGACCAGCAGAAGAAAAUGACCAGUCUGCUGCUUUAGAGAAGCAAAUGUUGCGAAGGAGUUACUUUGCUUUCCUGCAAACAGUCACAGGCAGCGGAAUGAGCGAAGUCAUAGCAAAUCAAGGUGCAGAAAAUGUAGAACGAGUUCUGGUUACUGUUAUCCAAGGAGCAGUCGAAUAUCCAGAUCCAAUUGCCCAGAAAACAUGUUUUAUCAUCCUCUCCAAGUUGGUAGAACUCUGGGGAGGUAAAGAUGGACCAGUGGGAUUUGCUGAUUUUGUUUAUAAGCACAUUGUCCCUGCAUGUUUCCUAGCACCUUUAAAACAGACCUUUGACCUGGCAGAUGCACAAACAGUAUUGGCUUUGUCUGAAUGUGCGGUGACAUUGAAAACAAUUCAUCUCAAACGGGGCCCAGAAUGUGUUCAGUAUCUUCAACAAGAAUACCUGCCCUCCUUGCAAGUAGCUCCAGAGAUAAUUCAGGAGUUUUGUCAAGCGCUUCAGCAGCCUGAUGCUAAAGUUUUUAAAAAUUACUUAAAGGUAUUCUUCCAGAGAGCAAAGCCCUAAGGACUGGAUCUCCCUGUGCCUACUUUAUGAUCAAGAAUUCCAGUUAAUAAUUUAUAAAGAAGCAGUUUUUGUGUGCCAUUCACACUGGUCUUUUUAACAUUGCUUUAAGCUUAUUGCAGUAUAUGUAUUGGAACUUUUCCUGUAAAAUGGGUGUAAUUUUCUCUGAAUACAGGUAUGUGACAACAAGAGAAGUUGCUUGCAUGCCAGUUCAAAUUGUUCUAUAUAAAAAUGCUGUUAAAAGAUACAGCACGGUUAUCUUAGUACCCCCCCUUUUUUUUUUACUGGAAAUGUUAAAUCCUUUAUAAAGACCACAUAGCAGGAAAACAGUGUGCUUUUUUUCAAUUGCUAAAUAUGUUUGAACAUGUUAAUUUCCUUUUAUGUGUGCAGACUCCAAAUAUGGGGAGAAUACAACAAAUCAAAACUAAUUUUUUGUAGAUAGCCAUUACAUUUCUUUAAACUGUUUCGAUGCCAAUGUGUGUUCUACAAAAGAGAAUGGUUUCAUAAAUUAACUGAUUUAAGAGUAGGUGUCAGUGUUACACACUUUUUAUAAAAAAAAUAAAUUUUACGUAGUGAAAUCUA